AAUCCAAUUGCUCCAAGUCCCUUUCCUUUGAGUUGCUGAUCAAUUGAAUCUGCCUCUUCUUAUUUUCAUUUGUUUGUCAGAUCACCUCACGCUCAAAGGUGAAUCCGCUCUGAUGGAAGAAUACGCCGGGAUUCCGACCUGCUUCAACCCCUGCCUCCCUGCCAUGGAGAUGGAUUUGAUGACGAGCCAACUCGAAGAGUGCACGAUGGAGAUCCCAAGUCUCGAGUUGAUGAGCUAUUUCGACGAAGAUUACUUGUCCAUCUACGUGUCUUCUCCGGAUGAACGCCCGCUUGCUUCCCCUGUUUUGCCACUGCCCGUUGCAUCGUCUGCCGCAGAGCUGAGUCGUGGAGAAGGAAGGAAAAGGAAGAGCAUGGAGGUGCAUGAAUUAACCGCUGAAACAAAGAUCAGUGAGAACAAAAAUAGCUCAGGGAAUGGGAAGAGAGCGAGAGGCAACUCAAAGGAAGCAGACAAGCCGAAAGAGGUGGUUCAUGUGAGGGCGAGAAAAGGCCAAGCCACUGACAGUCACAGUCUAGCUGAGAGAGGCAGAAGAGAGAGGAUCAAUGAAAGAAUGCGGGUCUUGCAAGACCUCGUUCCCGGCUGUCACAAGAGUCUGGGCAUGGCAGGAAGGCUGGACGAGAUAAUCAACUACGUACAGUCACUGCAGAGCCAAGUCGAGUUUCUUUCAGUGACUCUUUCAGCUGCAUGCUCUGUUUAUGAACGCCAUUCCAUCGACGUGGAGGGUUUUUCAGCACUACAGGGUGGUGAUGGGCUGUCGGUGGCAAGGGAUGAUUCUACCAUGCCGUACGUUUUAAAAUAA